ACUGUGCUAAACGUACCUGUAACACCAUGCUCAUUGUUUCGAAUGAUAUAACAAGACUUUGAUAGUUGAGAUUCGUGGAUGUUUCAUUUUCAGCAUGGAGGAGGAACGGAGGCCUCUGCUUCAGAGACAGGUAUCUUCGGAUGACAAAGAAUCUGGUUCAUUACUAUGCAGGGGUGUGGCCGCCCGCCAUGCCUUGGCCAUGUGGUCCUUCCUAGGCUUCAUCAAUCUGUUCGCUAUUCGAGUCAAUCUGAGUGUGGCGCUGGUUGCCAUGGUGAAUGCAUCAAGCGAUCUUGGACAGAACAUUUCCGUAGAUGACGAAUGUCCUGGCGACUCUUACAGAAAUACAUCUAACAUCCCAGAGUCAGAGAGAGGGGAAUUCCAGUGGAACGAGCAGACACAGGGGUACGUGCUGGGGGCGUUCUACUACGGCUACUGCAUCACACAGCUCCCCGGGGGGUGGCUGGCGGGGAAGGUUGGAGGGAAGUUGUUAUUCGGAGCUGGAAUUCUUGUCCCCUCUCUCCUCUCGCUCCUCAUCCCAAUGGCGGUCAGGUUCCACAUCUCCUGGCUUAUCACCAUCAGAGUUGUGCAGGGCAUAUUCCAGGGCGUGGUUUACCCUGCGAUGCACUCGUUGUGGGGGAAGUGGGCGCCCGUCAUGGAGAGAAGUAAACUCAUCACUGUCACCUACGCAGGUGCGCAGAUAGGUACGGUUGUUGCGAUGCUGGGCACUGGCUACCUGUGCAAGUACGGGUUCGCUGGGGGUUGGCCGUCGGUAUUCUACGUUUUCGGUGGUAUGGGAUGUCUGUGGUCGAUAAUGUGGUUCAUCUUCGUGCACGACACACCCACUCAACACCCACGCAUCGCUUUAUCAGAGAGAAUUUAUAUUGAGGCCUCCAUAGGGAAGAAGCAUGGGCAGCUAUCUCCACCCUGGAGGCAAAUAUUCACGUCUAGGGCUGUGUGGGCUAUCGUGGCGGCCCAUGUCGCCCAGGACUGGGGGAGCUUCACAAUCAUGACCUGUCUCCCCCAAUACAUGAAACAGGUCCUAAGGUUUAAUAUUGAACAGAACGGCCUGUUGUCCUCAUUGCCGUACAUAACUCUGUGGUUCAUCAACACCAUCUGUGGGCAUAUAGCCGACGUUAUAAGGCGGAAGGGUUUACUCUCGACACAAAACACACGGAAACUGAUGAAUUCUAUAGGUUUGCUGAUCCCGGCGGGUGUCAUGGUCGGUAUCGGGUUCUCUGGCUGCCACCCGAUGCUGGCAGUGUCGCUGUUAUGUCUCGGGGUCGGGUUUACGGGGUUUACCAUGGCCGGGUACAGCGUCAAUCAUCUCGACAUUGCUCCACAUUUCGCAGGUGUUCUCAUGGGAAUCACCAAUUGUUUUGGCACAACUACUGGUUUUAUUGGCCCGAGUGUGGUUGGCGCUCUUACUAACAACAACCCAACAGCUUCACAAUGGCGGAUAGUGUUCUUCAUCACCGCGGCCCUGUUCCUCAUCGGGGGAGUGCUGUUUGCGAUGUUUGCCAGGGGGGAGGAGCAGAAGUGGUCGAUCGUGGCGACUCUACCGGUGCGGCUACCAAGGGUGCUGAAUCUCCAGGAGGAGGAGGACAGAGACUCCGGUAUCGAGGAAAGCAUGGACAAGGGCGGGGCGGUGUACUGACCCUAUGACCCAUUGGAGAUGUGUGACUGUAAGCCCUUCUGUGAUAGAGUGUUCACUCGUCGGCGUGUGCCUUGAAUCCAUAGAUAGGGAGUUUGGGCGAUUGUGACCGACACAUCAGUGUUCACACAAAACCCACCAGGAACGGUUUUGAGCGCCUUUGAUUUCAGGUUGCUAGACAUGUUCCAGCUGUGGCCAUAACAGACGGUAUCGUUUGGAAAUUAGAACUAUUUAGUGGGUUAUAGACGUUUGUACAGUCAGGAAGUAUUGUACAAAUAAACCCGGGAAUACUUGGUGGCACGUGAUUACCGUGCUCAGCGGGGAGGUCACAGAUCGGGCGAAGUUAUGGAACGUUGGUCACGGAGAUGGAUGGAUGUCUGUGGACGGCAACUUGACUUCUGGGAGUUCCUAGGGCCUUGGUCCUGCACCACGCUGAAGCACGUGUAUAAACCUAUCAUGGAUAUUGA